GUUGAACUUCUGUGUCUACGGCUGUGCCGGACCGGGAGUGGCAGUGAUAGUGGCUGUGCGUCUACCAUACGCCAGCAUGGACUUUCCUACUUACCAUAUACGUACAUUCUUUUGUUCUGUACUUACUUGGCAUCCUGCCAUCCCUCCACAUGAUUCUGGUACGUUCUACGAUGUUCCGGACUAUUCUAGACAGCGUCCGGAUUACUCGCAUUACUCAGCCAUGGACUAUCUGACCUUAUGUCGAUUAUGCUCCCUUACUCAGCGUUACUCAUCGCUCAGUCAGCGUCCUCUGGACGUCACAUGCUCUCUUCUUAUACGCUUACUCAUCCGUCCUCCCCAGUAGUAUAUAAGGAGGACUCUGCAGGCCUCUGCUCUUCAGUCGUUCUCUCACAGACUGAAGANUAAGUCCCACACUACCUAUGCUUCCUUACAUGUUUACUUACUAGUACUUGUAGCCUCUCUUUGUGCGGCUUACAGGUACAGUACUAUGCAAUCAUAGUCGUUCUCUC